GCGAGCGCCGCCGCCGCCAGAGAAGCAGGCGCUCGGCCGGAGCCAGUGCGCGGCGCCCGGGCCUGGCCGGCUGCUUCCCGCCGCGGCCGCCACCCCCGCCCCUGCCGCCCGGACCCCGCCGAGGCGGGCGCAGCGGAACGCGAGGCGCGAGGCCCUGCCCGGCCCGGCGCGGCCCGGAGCCGCGGCGCCUGAGGACCCCUGCAGUGCACCAUGAGUCGGUAAUGCCCACUGAGGACUUCUGGGAGCCAUGUCAGACGAAUCCGCCUCAGGGAGCGAUCCAGACCUGGACCCGGACGUGGAGCUGGAGGAUGCGGAAGAGGAGGAGGAGGAGGAGGAGGUGGCAGUGGAAGAGCACAGCAGGGAUGAGGAGGAGGACCUGCUUGAUGACCCAUCCCUGGAGGACAUGUACGGCCCCGAGUGUGCCCAGCCGGAGGAAGAUGGGCAGCGGCCGCCGCGGUGCACUUCAACUACCUCAUCUCAGUCUGAGCCUUCAGAGCAGCUUAGGCACCACCAAGGCAAGAGCCUGGCCUCUGACGACCCCAAGAAGAAGAGAGCUCAGAAGCCCUCCCACAUGAGGAGGAACAUACGAAAGCUGCUCCGGGAGGACCAGUUGGAGGCAGUUACCAAAGCAGCACAACAAGAAGAGCUGGAAAGAAGGAAACGCCUGGAGCAGCAGAGGAAGGACUACGCAGCUCCCAUCCCCACUGUCCCCUUCGAGUUUCUUCCCGAAGAAAUUGUCUUAAGAGCAAGUGAUGGUCCCCAGCUGCCCCCUCGGGUCUUGGCCCAGGAAGUCAUUUGUUUGGACAGCAGCAGUGGCAGCGAGGAUGAACAAAGCAGCCGAGAUGAGGUGAUUGAACUGAGCUCUGGCGAGGAGGACACUCUGCACAUUGUGGACAGCAGCGAGUCUGUGAGCGAGGAGGACGAGGAAGAGGAGAAGGGUGGCACCCACGUGAAUGACGUCUUAAACCAGCGCGAUGCUCUGGGGCGCGUCCUCGUCAACCUGAACCACCCUCCGGAGGAGGAAAACGUCUUCCUGGCCCCACAGUUGGCUCGGGCAGUGAAACCCCAUCAGAUUGGCGGGAUCCGGUUCCUGUAUGAUAACCUGGUUGAGUCCCUGGAGAGGUUUAAGACCAGCAGUGGCUUUGGCUGCAUCCUGGCCCACAGCAUGGGGCUGGGGAAAACUUUGCAAGUGAUCUCCUUCGUCGACGUCCUCUUCCGCCACACGCCAGCCAAAACCGUCCUCGCCAUUGUGCCAGUUAACACUCUCCAGAACUGGCUGGCGGAGUUCAACAUGUGGCUCCCAGCUCCCGAAGCCCUGCCCGCCGACAGCAAGCCUGAGGAGGUCCAGCCGCGCUUCUUUAAAGUUCACAUCCUGAACGAUGAGCACAAGACAAUGGCAGCUCGAGCUAAAGUGAUGGCUGAUUGGGUGUCGGAGGGUGGGGUGAUGCUGAUGGGGUACGAAAUGUACAGACUCCUCACCCUGAAGAAAUCCUUUGCCACAGGUAGACCGAAGAGAAGCAAGAAACGGUCUCACCCGGUCAUCAUUGAUCUGGAUGAGGAAGACCGCCAGCAGGAGUUUCGGAGAGAGUUUGAGAAGGCCUUGAGCCGCCCUGGCCCAGAUGUGGUGAUCUGCGACGAGGGCCACCGCAUCAAAAACUGCCAGGCCAGCACCUCGCAGGCCCUGAAGAGCAUUCGCUCCCGCCGCCGGGUGGUGCUGACCGGCUACCCCCUGCAGAACAACCUCAUCGAGUACUGGUGCAUGGUGGACUUCGUACGCCCGGACUUCUUGGGCACCCGGCAGGAGUUCAGCAACAUGUUCGAGCGCCCCAUCCUGAACGGGCAGUGUAUCGACAGCACGCCCCAGGACGUCCGCCUCAUGCGCUACCGCAGCCACGUGCUACACAGCCUGCUGGAGGGCUUCGUGCAGAGGAGAGGCCACACUGUGCUGAAGAUCCACCUGCCCGCCAAGGAAGAGAACGUGAUCCUGGUGCGGCUCUCCCAGAUCCAGCGCGAUCUGUACACACAGUUCAUGGACCGCUUCCGGGACUGCGGCAGCAGCGGCUGGCUGGGGCUGAACCCUCUCAAGGCUUUCUGUGUGUGCUGUAAGAUCUGGAAUCACCCCGACGUGCUCUAUGAAGCCCUGCAGAAGGAGAACCUGGCCAAUGAGCAGGACCUGGACGUGGAAGAGCUGGGCUCCGCGGGGCCUAGUGCCCGCUGCCCGUCACAGGGAACAAAAGUCAAGGGGGAGGACAGCGCCCUGGCCGCCUCGAUGGGAGAGGCAGCCAACAGCAAGUUCCUGCAGGGGGUCGGCUUCAACCCUUUCCAGGAGCGAGGCAACAAUAUCGUCACGUAUGAGUGGGCCAAGGAGCUUUUGACUAAUUACCAGACGGGAGUCCUGGAGAACUCUCCCAAGAUGGUCCUGCUUUUCCACCUGAUCGAGGAAAGCGUGAAGCUUGGUGACAAGAUCCUUGUGUUCAGCCAGAGCCUUUCCACCUUGGCUCUCAUCGAGGAGUUCCUAGGGAAACGAGACGUGCCCUGCCUACCCGGUGCUGAGGGGCAAGGAGUACAGAAGUGGGUUCGAAAUGUCAGCUACUUCCGGCUCGACGGUAGCACCCCUGCCUUUGAGAGGGAGCGGCUCAUUAACCAGUUCAAUGAUCCCAGCAACCUCACCACCUGGCUGUUCCUUCUCUCCACAAGGGCUGGGUGCUUAGGCGUGAAUCUGAUCGGUGCCAACCGCGUGGUGGUGUUUGACGCUUCCUGGAACCCUUGCCAUGAUGCCCAGGCAGUGUGUCGGGUGUACCGCUACGGCCAGAAAAAGCCCUGCCACAUCUACCGCCUUGUGGCCGAUUUCACCCUCGAAAAGAAGAUCUACGACCGUCAGAUUUCCAAGCAGGGCAUGUCAGACCGCGUGGUGGAUGAUCUCAAUCCAAUGCUGAACUUCACUCGGAAGGAGGUGGAGAACCUACUGCACUUCGUUGAGAAGGAGCCGGCUCCCCAAGUGUCUUUGGACAUAGAAGGCAUCAAGGAGCCGGUCCUGCAGCUUGCUUGUCGGAAGUACCCUCACCUCAUCACCAAGGAGCCUUUUGAGCAUGAGUCAUUGCUCCUUAACCGAAGGGAUCACAAGCUGACCAAGGCGGAGAAAAAAGCAGCAAAGAAAAGCUAUGAGGAAGAUAAACGCACAUCUGUCCCCUAUACCCGCCCUUCGUACGCGCAGUAUUACCCCGCCAGCGACCAGAGCCUGACCAGCAUCCCCGCCUUCAGUCAGAGAAACUGGCAGCCAACGCUGAAGAGCGACGAGAAGCCUGUGGCCAGUGUCCGUCCUGUACAGUCCACCCCCAUCCCCAUGAUGCCCCGGCAUGUCCCCCUGGGAGGUGGCGUAAGCUGUGCCUCCGGCACAAACCCAGCCAUGAACUUCCCCAUCAACUACCUGCAGCGCGCGGGCGUCCUUGUGCAGAAGGUGGUCACCACCACAGAUAUUGUUAUUCCUGGACUCAACAGCUCCACAGAUGUCCAGGCGAGAAUUAAUGCUGGGGAGAGCAUCCACAUCAUCCGCGGGACAAAAGGGACGUACAUCCGCACCAGCGACGGGCGGAUCUUUGCUGUCCGAGCGACGGGCAAGCCCAAAGCCCCUGAAGAUGGUCGGAUGGCUGCCUCAGGUUCCCAGGGGCCUUCUCUCGAGUCUACGAGCAACGGCAGACCCAGUGCCUCAUCACCCAAAGCCCCCGACCCUGAGGGGCUGGCCAGGCCCGUCUCUCCCGACAGCCCGGAGAUCCUCAGCGAGCUGCAGCAGUAUGCUGACGUGGCCGCCGCCCGCGAGUCCCGCCAGAGCUCCCCCAGCUCCGCCGCCGGCCUGCCGGGCCCCCCUGCCCAGCUGGUGGACGGCAGUGCAGUGCCUGGGGCCGCUCUCGGGACGGAGCCUCGACUUGGGAGCCACUGCCUCAACAGUUCCCUCCUGGUGACCGGCCAGCCCUGUGGUGACAGGCACCCAGUCUUGGACUUAAGGGGCCACAAGCGGAAGUUGGUCACACCAUCUGUUGCCCAGGAGUCAGCCCGCCGGCGGUCCAGGAAGGGCCAUCUGCCAGCCCCCGUGCAGCCGUAUGAACACGGCUGCCGUGGGGUGCGGCGUCGGGGGCGCAGAGCCAUGUCGGACCUGCUGCUGCUGGGCCUCAUUGGGGGCCUGACUCUGCUGCUGCUGCUGACCCUGCUGGCCUUCGCCAGGUACUCCGGGCUGCUGGCCGGCGUGGCAGUGAGCGCCGGCUCACCCCCCUUCCGCAAUGUCACUGUGGCCUACAAGUUCCACGUGGGGCCCUACAGCGAGACGGGCCGGCUGUUCACCGAGAGCUGCAGCGUCUGCCCCAGGCUCCGCUCCAUCGCCGUCUACUACGACAACCCGCACAUGGUGCCCCCCGAGAAGUGCCGCUGUGCAGUGGGCAGCAUUCUGAGUGAAGGGGAGGAGGCGCCCUCCUCUGAGCUCAUCCAGCUCUACCAGAAAUUCGGCUUCAAGGUGUUCUCCUUCCCGGCACCCAGCCACGUGGUGACAGCCACCUUUCCCUACACCACCGCCCUGUCCAUCUGGCUGGCUGCCCGCCGCGUCCAUCCUGCCCUGGAUGCCUACAUCAAGGAGCGGAAGCUGUGUGCCCACCCUCGGCUGGAGAUCUACCAGCGAGACCAGAUCUAUUUCCUGUGCCCGCUGGCCCGGCAGGGAGACUUCUAUGUCCCCGAGGUGAAGGCGACGGAGCGGAAAGGCCGGGGGCCUGCGGAGGCCAGCGAUGCCCAAAUGGACGGCACAGGAGCUGACACGCUGAGCGAUGGGAGUUCUGUGAGCCUGGAGGUGGGUCCCGGCAGUCGGGAGACGUCAGCGGCCACACUGUCCCCUGGGGUGAGCGGCCGCAGCUGGGACGACAGUGACACCCGCAGUGAGCACAGCUACAGCGAGUCGGGCGCCAGCGGCUCAUCCUUCGAGGAGCUGGACCUGGAGGGCGAGGGACCCCUGGGGGAGCCCAGGCUGAGCCCUGAGGCUGAGCCCCUGGGAGCUCCCAAGUGGCCCCGUGAGCUCAGUACCCCCGAAAGAGGCGAGGAGUAGCCGUGGCCCCGUCCUCUGCUGCAGUGACUAAGGAACUGACCAGACUCCUCAGCCUCCUCCUCCACCUUCUGGGCCCAGGCAAGGGCCAGGGGUCUCAGGGGACCUGACUUCAACCCCCGGCCUCCAGCCAAGCCCUGUCCUCACUGCCCUCUUGGCUCCCAGGGCGAAGGAGCAGGGACUGUUCCCUGCCCCGGCCCCGGGCUGCUGCCUCUGUUACAUCUUUUUUCAGAUUCACAUUGGAGCUUCCAGGAACCAGAAUAAAGCAAAAGAUUUUAUUGUUUCA